ACGCGUGUGCGCCCGCCCGCCGAAGCGGGCUCAAGAUGGCGGCGCCCUGGGCGACCUUUCACUGCUUGCUGCGGCCCUGGGGGCGGUCGGUGCUGCUCCGUCAGGCUGCUGCCGUCUCCAUUCGGUUCUAUGGUGUGCGGGCUGCCGCCACGGGCGAGCUGGUGACGCACACGGGGCAGGUGUAUGAUGAAAAGGAUUACAGGAGAGUUAGAUUUGUUGGACGGCAAAAGGAGGUGAACAAGAAUUUUGCAAUUGAUUUAAUAGCAGAGCAGCCUGUGAGUGAGGUUGAAAGCAGAAUUAUAUCGUGCGAUGGAGGUGGUGGAGCUUUGGGACAUCCUAAAGUGUACAUAAACUUGGACAAAGACACAAAGACUGGAACGUGUGGCUACUGUGGACUUCAGUUUAAACAGAAACAUCACUGAAUGAUUACCUGCAUGCUUGCACAUAUCUGUUAAGAUGUUAAUGCUUAACUAUAAAUAAACAGUGUGCUUAAAAGCUCAA